GUGAGGCGCGGAGCGGAACGGCCUCUGGUGACAUUUUCUCCGGGCGGCGCGGACGAGUGAAGGGACUUGGUGGUGUAUCCUGAGGAGGCGGCGAGAUUUCUUGUGACCCUGGAGGGUUUCUGACCGCGCCUCUCUGCUAGCCAGCGGGGCUUGGUCUGAGUGGGAGAAGGCGGCGGUGGGCGUCGCGUUCCGAGUCACCGCGGCCGGCAGAGUCCCGGCCCGGCGGUCAGUGCGUGCCCCGACGGGGCGAGCGCAGCGGACGAGGAGGUGCGGAGCCGCGGCAGAGAGCAGGUUGCUUUCCUGUUGCAUCUUUGACAUAGUUUCGUAGACUCUGCUCCAUGAUUAACUCAAACAUCUGAAAUGAAGAUGGAGGAGGCAGUGGGAAAAGUCGAAGACCUCAUUGAGUCCGAAGUCCCACCAAAAACAUCCAAACAAGAGACAGCUAAGGAGGAAGAUGGAUCUGUAGAACUGGAAUCUCAAGUUCAAAAAGAUGGUGUAGUGGAUGCUGCAGUUCUAUCUUCAAUGCCCUGCUUGUUGAUGGAGCUGAGAAGGGACUCUUCUGAGUCUCAGUUAGCAUCCACAGAGAGUGACAAGCCGACAGCUGGCCGAGUUUAUGAGAGUGACUCCUCUAAUCACUGCAUGCUUUCCCCUUCCUCUAGUGGUCACCUGGCUGAUUCAGAUACAUUGUCUUCUGCAGAAGAGAAUGAACCCUCCCAGACAGAAACAACUGUAGAAGGAGACCCUUCCGGAGUAUCUGGUGCCACAGUUGGGCGAAAGUCUCGGCGGUCUCGAUCUGAAAGUGAAACAUCUACUAUGGCUGCCAAGAAAAAUCGGCAAUCCAGCGAUAAACAGAAUGGCCGAGUCGCCAAGGUUAAAGGUCACCGGAGCCAAAAGCACAAGGAGAGAAUCAGGCUACUGAGGCAGAAACGGGAGGCUGCUGCGCGUAAGAAAUAUAACCUGUUGCAGGACAGUAGUACCAGUGAUAGUGACCUGACUUGUGACUCAAGCACGAGCUCAUCCGAUGAUGAUGAAGAGGUUUCAGGGAGCAGCAAGACAAUCACUGCAGAGAUACCAGAUGGACCUCCAGUUGUAGCUCAUUAUGAUAUGUCUGACACCAGCUCUGACCCAGAAGUGGUAAAUGUGGACACUUUAUUGGCGGCUGCAGUAGUUCAAGAGCACAGUAAUUCUGUAGGAGGCCAGGACACAGGAGCUACCUGGAGGACCAGCGGGCUUCUAGAGGAGCUGAAUGCGGAGGCAGGUCAUUUGGAUCCAGGAUUCCUAGCAAGUGACAAGACAUCUGCUGGCAGUGCACCACUCAAUGAAGAAAUUAAUAUUGCCUCUUCAGAUAGUGAAGUAGAGAUUGUGGGAGUUCAGGAACAUGCAAGGUGUGUCCAUCCUCGAGGAGGUGUGAUUCAGAGCGUCUCUUCAUGGAAGCACGGCUCAGGCACGCCGUAUGUCAGCAGCCGGCAAACUCAGUCAUGGACUGCUGUGGCUCCCCAGCAGACUUGGGCUUCGCCUGCAGAAGUUGUAGACCUCACCUUGGAUGAGGAUAGCAGGCGUAAAUACCUACUGUAAUACAAUGUCACUGUGUUCCCUCUGCACUGUUCCCUUCCGCUUCCUCCUCCUCUUUGUGACAUGGAAGUUCAUUGUCAUAGCUUCAGCCUCAGAAGCUGUUUGUGGCAUUUGUAUAAUCAAAAUUCAUGGAAAAUUGCCCCCCUCCUUUUUUUCUCCUUUUCUUCCUUUUUUUCUUUUUUUUAAAUUAAAAGAAGUCACUUAGGAAAAUAACUUAUCACAGAGAAAAGAAUUUCUUCUUCCCCUUGGUAGGGAUAUAAGAAUGAUGAAUUAGACAACUUUAUUUUACUUGGUGACUUUUUUUUCUUAGGAAACUCUGCCUUCCUUUUAGAAUAAUAUUUUAAUUACCAGGUGAAAUGAAUUUUAGUGUUUGAAUCUCGUAUUUAUUUUUCUGUGUAAUAAAAUUGAUAUCUAGACUUGACCACUGUCGGCCCACCCAUUGGCACUCCCACCUUAGGGCAUUUGCACAUAUGUUAGUCAGGUCCUUAUUGGCACCUAGUAGGGCAUGUGCAUUUGGAAACCUGUUCUUAAAAAUAGAAGACAAGUGUUACAUUUCUUUUAGCUUAAGUCUUCUAACUUCUUUCCUGACUUUGCUCCUGGCUGACUUCCCACAACACAUAUAAUUGACCUGCCCCUUUGUGUUUAUAAAUACUGCUAAGAUGUCUUAAUUGGUCUCUUUGUUGCAAUAAUCGGUAACUCUUUGGAAAAUGUGGCUGAGGCAUUUCGGAUGCAUAACCACCAUGAGGUUUUCAGGGCAUAAAUAGAGAGUAUUGAGAAAUCAGUAGGAAAAUCUCACUCCCUCAACAUUUUUUCCCGGGUUUAUUCAAAUAACCGGAGAACACGAAAACCUGUUACUUAGGUAGAAUAUAGAGUUGUGUGGCUUCCAAGGCUGUGGGCACUUGCAAAUAUUUGCUGAGAGGAAAAUGCCUUCUUUUCAUAUCUGAUCUCUCCAAAAAGGAUGUACAACUGUUUGAACUUGAGCUGAAAUUGACCUGAUUCUACAUUUGGAUAUUUUUCUCUACCUUCUAAAAUUGGAGAAACCGAAAUGCACCAUAAGAAACCAGAUGCAAAGCACAUUAAUGGCACUGUAGGUUUUACAGUAUCUAAAAUGUAUAGCAAAGGGUAGUAUGAGCUUCAGGGAAUUUGGGAAAUGCCAGUGUGGGAAUUUGUGGCAUUAGUUACUACCUUUCUCCCUAUGACAUGUUCUAGUUACUAGUGAAUUAUUUUACAAGCAAUACCUAGAGUUAAAACACUAUAUACUGUGUGCAGGAGGAGUGAAGUAAUAUUGGCUUAGAAGACCUCAUCUUUUGUUUUUCCACAGUUUUUGUUGGCCUGUUUUGGGUUUUUGGCUCCACUUUUACCAUAUAAUAUUGCUAAAGCCCUUUUCCUCCCUCCCCAAAUAUAUUGUUGGCUCUUCCUUAUUAAAUGAGCGUGAGAACUACCAUUUCUUAGUUUUCAUUCAGUAGACACUCAUUUACUAAGUGCCUGUUCCGCAUAAGGCAUUAUGCGGGGUGGGUGCUGUGGGGUGGCUGAGAUGAAUGAGACACCCCCCACAUGCGCAUGCACCAGAGUCUGCCUGGCUCCACCUGCCUGGCUCUUUUGUUUCAGAAAGACUUGGUUGUUCCUUUACCCUUCCUCCUGCUGCUGUACUUCCAUUCGCUUCUCCCCUGGGAGUGUACUGAAGUAUGUUGUUUUUUGAGCUUCUCUGAUAAUAUCUCAUUUGAUCUGGCCUCUGUUCAUCAACUUUUUAUUUUUCUAUCAAUGUACUUUUAAUAGCUCACGCCUUUAAAAGAUCAUUAACCUCCACUUUUAGCACCUCAUAUCUCAAGUCUCUCACAUGGCCCUAGUUCAAGACAAAAACCAAAGACCCAGAGGCCAGAGCAAAGUAGGACCUUCUGCAGAUUCACUACUGGUGUAUCAUUGGACCUUCACAUUUUACUUUAGGAUUAAUUUAUUAAAUUUUACUGUUACACAUUGUUUUUGACUUGAAUUAAAAUGCUAGACAAAGCAGAAAUGUACAGUUUCUGGUCUUUGUAUUCCAGGAAAAUCAUUGGGAAAAGAAUAGAAUAGAUUAUAUGACUUGAAGUUUUUGCAGCUUAUUUUGUCCCCAAUAUCAGGGCAGAGCCCUGUUUUAAAGAAUGUUUUGCAUUCUGUACUCUUACGUUAACAGUAUGUUUGUCCAGUUCCAUAAGCAGGCAAUUUCCCAUGACAUGUUUUCUUCACUCCUUAAUAGUCAUCCUCUAAGAAAAAGGAUUUUGGUGUUCUGUGUGCACUGCAGAUUGGGAGCAGAGUGAAGUUGUAACCCAGCUGUUUUCUGGCCAUUUGCUUUUGUAGCAGGUUGCACUUUGCCCUCACCUGCACCCUGUCCCUCUUCCAGCACCCUGCCUACCUGAGUGAUGCAUCGGAACAGGGAUUUGGAAAUCAGAUGCAAAAGGGGGAAGGGAAGGGAUGGAUGAUAGGGACAGCCAGCUUUUCCCGCUACUAGAUUGGAACUUUUCUGCCUACUAACUACACAGAGGCUGCGUUCCAACUCUCCUUUCAUUGCCAGAGCCAGUAGAGUGGGAUGUGGUUUCUGGCAAGGUAUUAAUGAUAAAAUUCUGUGGUAAACAACUUCUGUAACAUUUGAAAUUUCUUUAUGUAAGAGGGUCUUUUUAAACCAAAGUUUUGCAUUUGGUGGCAUAAAUACUUCUUUAUGCCUCAUAGGACAUUGUCCAUUCUAAUUAAAAUCUCUGUUAAAUGGUGCAGUUGGGUCACAGACUGGUUUAUGGAACUAAGUUGGUUGUCUCCCCUCCCCACAAUUUGAAACCACAGAGCAGUAACCAGCUAUUAUUACAUCGUCACAACUGCCCUAGAGCAUGUCACUGCUGCUCACCAGUAGUUGUCUUUCCAUUUUGACGGAAGGGGCUGGGCUGAAUGGACUCCCAUUAUUCUUUACAAUUGAGCGUCCCAUGAACUCUGUUUUUGUUAUCAUCAAUUGUGAAUAUAACCGCCUGAUUUGCUAAUUUAGUCAAUUGUUCAUUGUUACUUUUAGCAGAUUAGCACCAUAGGUAACUUAAAAAUGAAUUUGUUGCCUGCUUUUUUGUACUGUGUCACAAAGCUUGUGAAAAAGCUGGGGACACAAUUUUGUCUUUCAGUUUAACUUUUUUUUUAAGGCAAGGAACUCCUAAUCCUUGUUUUCCAGUAUGUGUAUGAUGUGACUUUGAUGUAUAUAUAAAAAUGAUUGCACCCUAACCAAACUUCCUCAGAUUGUGCACUGUUUGUUUAAAAUAAUCACGUAUUUUAGUCCAAUGCUGUUGUAUUUUUUCAUUUUAUUUAAAACACUAUGUACCUAUUCUUUUAACAAACUUUAAAGGGUAGUGAUCUUAAAAAAAAUCACUGGAUAACUAGGAAAUAUAUUUUUUGUUUUUUUUUUUUGUUUGUUUUGUUUUUUAAGAGAGUACAAAGGUCACUGAGGCCUUUUGCUCCUCUUACCGUGAAAAUGAAAUGUUAGCCAUUGUAUGGCUAGGAAUCAAUGCACUUGGUGGUUAACAGAUCUGCUGUUGCUGGAGUGUGAGCGUGGACUUGAUGCAGUGACGACAAAUCAUUGCUUAGAAUUAAUGUUUUAAAAUGUGCAACUCUAGUUUUUAAAACAAAAUUUGGUUCUUCUUUACAUUCAUUAUUUAGUUUUUGUUUCCAUUUAGUAUUUAAUGGUCUUUGGAGAAAAAAUAAUAAAACAGAGUGUUAUAUAUAUAUUUUUUGGUGCAAGAUAAGAUUUUCUGUUUUUUGAAAUAAGUCUGUAGCAUAAAGGUUAAACUAUUUUAAGACAAAAAUAAAAUAGAGUGUAUUUAAACAA